AAAACAGAGAGAGGGAGGAGUGUGUGUGUUUGUGUGUGUGUUUGAGUACAACAGAGUGCCGCAGAGGCGGUACAGUUGCUAGAUCAGCUCAGUAGUUGUGAUGAUAGCUGCGGAUGAGUAGGUCUGUACGCUGCUGCACUCUCCUAGGUACGUCUCUCUCUACAUCGUAUCUCACUCCUCAUUACAAAAACUCUUUUAACGGUUCUUCUACUCUCUCGCUCUCUAUGUAGAUACAAUGUAGAUCUCUCACUCCCCACUUUUUCUCUGUUACCGUAUUUGUGUUUCCCUCUCCUCUCUCCUCUCUCCUCUCUCUCUCUGCUCAGUGUAGUGGGAGUCAGAGUUGCUGACACAGGCAUUAGAAAGAGAGGAGGGGAAGGCUGGAUAGAAAGGGAAGGAAUCUAGAAAGCUAGUGUUAGGAGGGAAUAAGGAAUUGAGAGAGGAAUAAUGGAUUAAGGGAGAUAAAGGAUAGCUCUAGAAAGAGAGUGAGUGAAGUAGAGAGGAAUUGUGUGUUCUCCUGAGAUAUGAAACUCUGGGUCUGAGUGUUGAGGUCAGCCGUGAGGGAGGGAGAGGGGGAAUAGAGAACGAGAGAAGAGAAAGAGAGGGAAUAGAGACAGAGAGAGGGGGAUAACUAGAUGCAGUGUUUAUUACUAGCCAUGCAGGAGAUGUGUGAUGCUGUGGGGAGAAUCUUAGUUGAACUACAGUCUUGAUGCUGAUGAUGGAUUGAGUCUCUUUGCUUACUUUUGGUCAUUAUUCUGAUUGGAAGAAAAAUCAAUCUGGAUGGAAAUCACUGUAGGUUUUUGGGAUUUAUCAUUCUGUGUGUGGGUGUGUGUGUGUGAAUUCGUAGUGCGUACUCUGUGCUUCUCACAGUACAGAAAAUGCGUCAUCACCAUCUCAUGGUUUGUUUUGAUUCUCUCUCUCCCUCCUCCCUUCCCGCUUUCUCUACCUCCCACUCAACAUCCUCCCUCUUUCUCUACCCCCUCCCCUUUCCCACCCUCUCACUCUUUCGCUACCACCUCUCCCCGUCCUACCUUCUCUCUCCCUCCCACGCUCUCCUCUCUCCUCCUUAUCUUGCCAUACUAUCCACUCUCACUCUUUCGCUACCACCUUCCUUCUCCCUCCUCCUCGUCCUCCCUCCCCCGGUCCAGUGAAGAGGUGAUCCAGCAUGGCUUCACAGUCAUAGUAGACAUGCGAGGCAGUAAAUGGGACAGUAUCAAACCUCUACUGAAGAUUCUCCAGGAGUCGUUCCCCUGCUGUAUACACAUAGCGCUCAUCAUCAAACCAGACAACUUCUGGCAGAAACAACGCACCAACUUCGGCAGCUCCAAGUUCGAAUUUGAGACCACCAUGGUGUCGUUGGAGGGUCUAUCUAAGGUGGUUGACCCCUCCCAGCUGACCUCUGACUUCGAGGGAAGUCUAGAAUACAACCAUGACGAGUGGAUCGAGGUGCGGGUUGCGUUUGAGGAGUUUACGGGSCACGCGGGUCACAUGUUGUCGAGGCUGGAGGAGAUGCAGGAGGUGGUGGCGAGGAAAGACUUCCCCACGGACCUGGACGGGGCGCGGCGCAUGAUAGAGGAACACGCCACGCUGAAGAAGAAGGUCAUCAAAGCUCCUAUAGAGGAACUGGAUACGGAGGGACAGAGGUUGCUGCAGCGUAUCCAGAGCAGUGAGUCGUACAGGAACUCUAACGCCAGCGGUGUGUGUAACGCUGACACCCAGGGGCUGGUGCCACGCAUCGCCACCCUGCUGGACAAACUCCACAGCACACGACAACACCUCCACCAGGCCUGGCACAUCAGGAAACUGCAGCUGGACCAGUGCUUCCAGCUCCGCCUCUUCGAACAGGACGCUGAGAAGAUGUUUGAUUGGAUAAUGGCCAACAAGGGUCUGUUCCUGGCCGGCUACACCGAGAUCGGCAACAACCACCCUCACGCCAUGGAGCUACAGACACAGCACAACCACUUUGCUAUGAACUGCAUGAACGUGUAUGUGAACAUCAACAGGAUAAUGUCCGUGGGUAACAGGCUGUUGGAGUCUGGUCACUAUGCCUCGGUGCAGAUUAAACAGAUCUCAGGUCAGCUGGAAGCGGAGUGGAAAGCCUUCGCUGCUGCCCUGGACGAACGCAGCACACUGCUGGAGAUGUCUGCCGCCUCUCCACAGAAAUUUGACCAGUACAUGGGUAAUGUGGACUCGUGGUGUAAAGCGUGUGGAGAGGUGGAUCUACCCUCGGAGCUCCAGGACCUAGAAGAUGCUAUCCACCACCACCAGGGCCUCUACGAACACAUCACUGCUGCCUACUCAGAGGUCAGUCAGGACGGUAAGGCCCUAUUGGAUAAGCUCCAGCGCCCUCUGACCCCGGGGGGGGCUGAUUCGCUAACGGCUUCGGCCAACUACAGCAAGGCGGUGCACCAUGUGCUGGAUGUGAUACACGAGGUGCUGCACCACCAGAGACAACUGGAGAAUAUCUGGCAACACCGCAAAGUCCGCCUGCACCAGAGGCUCCAGCUCUGUGUGUUCCAGCAAGACGUACAGCAGGUUCUGGACUGGAUAGAGAACCACGGGGAGGCGUUCCUCAGUAAACACACAGGCGUUGGGAAGUCCCUCCAUCGAGCCAGAGCGCUACAGAAACGACACGAGGACUUCGAGGAGGUCGCCCAGAACACCUAUACUAACGCUGACAAGCUGCUGGAGGCGGCAGAGCAGCUGGCCCAGACAGGAGAGUGUGAUCCAGAGGAGAUCUACCAGGCAGCCCACCAGCUGGAGGACCGCAUCCAGGACUUUGUCAGGAGGGUGGAGCAACGCAAAGUCCUGCUGGACAUGUCUGUCGCCUUCCACACACACGUCAAAGAGCUGUGGACGUGGCUGGAGGAGCUGCAGAAGGAGUUGUUAGAUGAUGUGUAUGCUGAGUCUGUGGAGGCGGUGCAGGACCUGAUCAAACGUUUCAGCCAGCAGCAGCUGACCAUCCUGCAGGUCACUGUCAACGUCAUCAAGGAGGGAGAGGACCUCAUCCAGCAGCUCAGGGACUCUGCUAUCUCCAGUAACAAGACCCCCCACAACAGCUCCAUCAACCACAUAGAGAGUGUGUUACUGCAGCUGGACGAGGCCCAGGCUCAGAUGGAGGAGCUGUUUCAGGAGAGGAAGAUCAAACUGGAACUCUUCCUACAGCUACGCAUCUUUGAAAGGGACGCCAUCGAUAUCAUCUCAGACCUGGAGUCGUGGAACGAGGAGUUGACUGUUCAGAUGAGUGAGUUUGAUACAGAGGACCUGACCCUGGCAGAACAGAGACUCCAGCACCACGCUGACAAGGCCCUGACCAUGAACAACCUGACCUUUGACGUCAUCCACCAGGGACAGGAACUUCUGCAGUACGUCAACGAAGUACAGGCCUCUGGUGUAGAGUUGCUGUGUGACAGAGAUGUGGACAUGGCUACUCGUGUUCAGGACCUGCUGGAGUUCCUCCAUGAGAAGCAGCAGGAGUUGGACGUAGCAGGCGAACAACACAGGAGACACCUGGAGCAGUGUGUACAGCUGCGACACCUACAGGCCGAAGUCAAACAGGUCCUAGGAUGGAUCCGUAAUGGGGAGUCUAUGUUGAAUGCUGGUCUGAUCACAGCUAGUUCUCUACAGGAAGCAGAACAGCUACAGAGAGAGCACGAACAGUUCCAGCAUGCCAUUGAGGUGACCCACCAGAGUGCCCUGCAGGUGCAGCAGGCUGAGGUGUUACUCCAGGCCAACCACUAUGACAUGGACCUGAUCCGAGACUGUGCUGAGAGUGUAGCGUCCCACUGGCAGCAGCUCAUGUUGAAGAUGGAGGACACUAAACUGGUCAACGCCUCUGUAGCCUUCUACAAGACCUCCGAACAGGUAGGGGGCGCCCUCACUAGCCUGGAGCAGGAGUGAUAAGAGGAAGAGGACUGGUGUGGGGGGGCUGAUAAACUGGGUCCUAACUGUGAGUCAGACCACGCUCACCCCAUGAUCAGUAAAACCUGGAACCAGAAAGAGGCCUUCCUCAAGGUAGGAACAUUCACACACACACAUGCUGAUGUGUUCCUGAAGUACAUGCACAGGAACCAGUUAACAUGCCCUGGGAUGCUCAGCCAUGUCAAAGCACCGGAAACAAACAGGUCAAGGAGCUCUGGAGUUGGAUCCCACGACACGGGAGAGUUUCUACCUGUCAACACCACCUCCACCGGCUCCCAAGUUAUCCACCACACACAGGAGCUGCUGAAGGGACAUGGAAGACUUCCACAUCACACCAGGGUUAGGAAAGGAGCCACCACACACACACACACACACACACAGGAGCUGCUGAAGGAGCACAAAGACUUCCACAUCACAGCCAGGCAAACCAAAGAGCGUGUGAAGCUGCUGAUCCAGCUAGCGGAUGGUUUCUGUGAUAAAGGCCAUAGUCACGCUGUGGAGAUAAAGAAGUGGGUGACAGCGGUGGACAAACGCUACAGAGACUUCUCAUUACGUAUGGACAAGUACCGGACCAGUCUGGAGAAGGCACUAGGCAUCUCAUCUGACAUUAACUCCAAGGCUAGUAAGGAGCUUCAGUUGGACAUGAUCCCGGCCACACCUCAAGGGUCAGAGGUCAAGCUGAGAGAYGCGGCUCACGAACUCAACGAGGAGAAACGCAAGUCCGCUCGCAGGAAGGAGUUCAUCAUGGCUGAACUGAUUCAGACAGAGAAGACCUAUGUCAGAGACCUAAGGGAGUGUACGGACACGUACCUGUGGGAGAUGACCAGUGGGGUAGAGGAGAUCCCUCCUGGCAUCGUCAACAAGGAACACAUCAUCUUUGGAAACAUGGUGGACCUCUAUGAGUUCCAUCACAAUAUCUUCCUCAAAGAGCUGGAGAAGUAUGAACAGCUACCAGAAGAUGUGGGCCACUGCUUCGUCACCUGGGCUGAUAAGUUCCAGAUGUAUGUGAACUACUGUAAGAACAAACCAGACUCCACCCAGCUCAUCCUAGAGCACGCCGGUCCCUACUUUGACGAGAUCCAGCAGCGGCACCGAUUAGCAAACUCCAUCUCCUCCUACCUGAUCAAGCCUGUUCAGCGAAUCACCAAGUACCAGCUCCUGCUCAAGGAGCUGCUGACGUGCUGUGAGGAGGGGAAAGGAGAGAUCAAGGAUGGACUGGAGGUCAUGCUCAGUGUCCCCAAGAGAGCCAGGUUCACGAGUUUCGAUGAGAACAUUGAAUCUCAGGGAGAGCUGAUCCUGCAGGAGUCAUGCCAGGUGUGGGAUCCUAAGACUCUGAUCCGUAAGGGUCGCGAACGGCACCUUUUCCUCUUCGAGAUGUCCCUCAUCUUCAGCAAGGAGGUCAAGGACUCCAACGGACGGAGCAAGUACAUGUACAAGAGCAAACUCUACACGUCAGAGUUGGGGGUAACAGAGCACGUUGAGGGAGACCCCUGUAAGUUUGCUCUGUGGGUGGGACGCACCCCAACCUCCGACAACAAGAUUGUACUCAAGGCGUCGAGCAUUGAGAACAAGCAGGAUUGGAUCAAACACGUCAGGGAGGUGAUCCAGGAGCGAACCAUCCACCUGAGAGGAGCUCUGAAGGAACCCAUACACAUCCCUAAGUCUGCCACCGCCAAGCACCACAAGGGACACCGCAGGGAUGGAGAGGACUUGGACAGCCAGGGUGACGGCAGCAGCCAACCGGACACCAUAUCUAUCGCUUCACGCACCUCACAGAACACACUGGACAGCGACAAGACAGGUGAGCAACACAACCACACUGGUCAUCUCUCUGGCCAUGCCAAUAUCACCCAGACAGGUAACACCCUGCGUAAGUGGCUGACCAGCCCAGUGCGUCGUCUGAGCAGUGGCAAGGCAGACGGGCACAUCAAAAAGCUGGCGCACAAACAGAAGAAGAACCGCGAGGUGAGGAAGAGUGGUGAGAUGACGGGCAGCGCCCAGAAAGACUCUGAUGACGGUGCCGCUACACCCCAGGAUGAGACUGUGGAGGAGAGGGUGCGUAACGAGGGGCUCUCCAGUGGGACCCUGUCCAAGUCCUCGUCCUCUGGGAUGCAGAGCUGUGGAGAGGAGGAGGGCGAGGAGGGUCCUGACUCUGUACCCCUACCGCCCCCCAUGGCCAUCCAGCAGCACAGCCUUCUGCAGCCUGACACACAGGACGACAAGAGCUCCUCUCGUCUGUCCGUCCGUCCRUCCAGUUCUGAGACACCCAGUGCAGCAGAGCUGGUGAGCGCCAUCGAGGAACUGGUCAAGAGCAAAAUGGCUUUAGAGGACCGGCCCAGCUCUCUCUCAGUAGAACAGGGGGAUAGCAGCUCUCCCUCCUUCAACCCCUCCGACAACUCCCUCCUUUCAUCCUCCUCUCCCAUCGAUGAGAUGGAGGAGCGCAAAACGGGCUUCCUCAAGAGAAGACAUUAUGUGUUGUUGGAGCUGGUGGAGACUGAGAGGGACUACGUCAGAGACCUGGGCGUGGUGGUGGGGGGCUAUAUGACGCGGAUGAAGGAGGAAGGGGUACCAGAUGAUAUGAAAGGGAAAGACAAGACCGUCUUUGGAAACAUCCACCAGAUCUACGAUUGGCACAGAGAUUUCUUCAUGGGAGAGUUAGAGAAGUGUCUGGAAGACCCUGACCGACUUGGGCCGCUGUUCGUCAAACAUGAGCGGAGGCUCCACAUGUACGUAGUGUACUGUCAGAACAAGCCUAAGUCAGAGCUCAUCGUAUCAGAGUACAUCGACACCUACUUCGAGGACCUGAAACAACGUCUAGGUCACCGUCUCCAGAUCACUGACCUCCUCAUCAAACCCGUCCAGAGAAUCAUGAAGUACCAACUACUGCUCAAGGACUUCCUCAAAUUCUCUAAAAAGGCAGGGUURGAUUCAGUUGAGUUGGAGAAAGGAGUGGAGAUCAUGUGCAUCGUACCAAAGAGAUGCAAUGAUAUGAUGAACGUGGGGCGGCUCCAAGGAUUUGACGGUAAGAUUGUGGCCCAAGGUCGUCUGCUGCUUCAGGAUACCUUCAUGGUAUCAGACCCCGAGGAGGGAGUAGGAAGGAUGAGGGAGAGAAGGGUCUUCCUCUUCGAACAGAUCGUCAUCUUCAGUGAACCACUGGACAAGAAGAGAGGUUUCUCCAUGCCUGGCUUCCUAUAUAAGAACAGCAUCAAGGUCAGUUGUCUCGGGUUGGAGGACAGUGUGGACGGUGACCCCUGUACGUUUGUGUUGACGUCUCGGRUGACCAAUAGCAGCAUAGAAUCCUUUGUCCUCCACUCCUCCCACCUGGGUGUCCGACAGGUCUGGACCCUUCAGAUCAGCCAGAUACUGGAGAGCCAACGCAACUUCCUCAAUGCUCUGACCUCCCCUACAGAGUACCAGAGGAACCAUGUAGGGGCUAGCGACGGACCAUGUCUACCCAGCGGCGGAGCUCCAUCGGUGGGGAGCAUCAUGCCCAGUUUGGCCCCUGUUGGAGCUCUACAGGGUGUGCAUCUAUCUGGGCCGCUCGGUGGAAGUGGGCCCCUCGCUGUUGGUAGUCCCCUUGUUGGAAGUGGUCCCCAGGGUGGAGCUGGCUCAUCCAGGAGGCCCUCCAGGAUCCCCCAGCCCUCCCGCCUGCCCCAGCCCUUACGACACCCACACAACCCUGGGGCCACAGACCCAGAUGGCCCCAACAAAAUGUCAGGUUCCUCCCCUCGUCUCCCCCCUCCUCCCUCGCUCCCUCCCUCUGUCCCAGUGGACCCGCGGGACCUGGCUCCAGCAGGGGGGGUGAGGGAGACCAGGGAGGCCCAGCAUGGGGUGAGGGUCCAGGGGGGAAGCCCCCAGGGCAAGCGCCCCAUCUUGGCCUCAAACGACCAGCCCCAUUCUGUCUCCCCUAUCCCCCGGGCCAGUGUGGCCCCCCUCCCUGUACCUGUUGCUCUCUCCACCCCCACCAAGCCUCGGCCAGGCACCAUCUCCCCCAUGGCCUCCCCCAUGGCCACCCCAGCCUUCGGGAAGGAUGCGCUCCCCCCUCCCAGCCCUGGCCUGAAGUCUGGCUCUGGUUCCUUCUGGAGCUCCAUGCCUGGUUCUCCAGCCAGCCGGCCUGGCUCCUUCACCUUCCCAGGGGAGGUAGUGGAUACCCUGGGGAGGCAGAACCAAAACACGGGCCAGAUCUCAUCUCAGUCAGGGACCGGGUCCCACAGACAUUCCAGCCACAGCAAGGAGGCGGACCGCAUGAGUACGUGCUCAUCGACCAGUGAGCAGUCCAUCCAGUCCACCCAGAGCAAUGGGAGUGAAAGCAGCAGCAGCAGUAGUAUGUCGACCAUGUUGGUGACCCAGGACUACGUGGCCCUGAAGGAGGAUGAGAUCAGUGUGUCCCAGGGAGAGGUGGUUCAGAUYCUGGCCUCUAACCAACAGAACAUGUUCCUGGUGUUCCGGGCCGCUACCGAACAGGGCCCUGCUGCCGAGGGCUGGAUCCCCGGUUUCGUUCUAGGACACACCUCYGCCAUCAUCCCCGACUGCCCAGACGGAACCAUCAAGAAGUCCUCCUCCUGGCACACCACCCUGCGCAUCCGCAAGAAGUCUGAGAGAAAAGAGGAGGGAAAGAAAGAGGGCAAGCUGGAAAACGGUUACAGGAAGUCUAGAGAAGGGCUAUCCAAUAAGGUUUCUGUAAAGCUUCUAAACCCCAACUACAUCUAUGAUGUCUCACCGGAGUUCCUGGUCCCCCUGAGUGAGGUGACGUGUGACAACGGGGAGUGUGUGACUCUGAGGUGUAAGGUGUGUGGCCGACCCAAAGCUACUGUCACCUGGAGGGGACCUGACCAGACCAUCCUGAACAACAACGGACACCACAGCAUCGCCUACAGUGAGACUGGUGAGGCAACCCUGAGGAUAGUAGGCGUGUCUUCGGAGGACGACGGUGUUUACACCUGCGUUGCCGCUAACGACCUUGGCUCUGUGACAUCAUCAGCCAGCCUCAGAGUGCUAGUUGUGUCCAGUGAUGGGGUCAGGGUGAGCUGGAAGGACAACUUUGAGUCCCACUACACUGAGGUGGCAGAGCUGGGCAGAGGCCGGUUCUCUGUGGUCAAGCGUUGCGAACACAAGUCGACCAAACGCACGGUGGCGGUCAAGCUGGUUAAUAAGAAGCUGAUGAAAAGAGACCAGGUGACCCAGGAGCUCAGCCUGCUACAGCGACUACAACACACACACCUGGUCACACUGCUGGACACGUACGAGACCCCCAGCAGCUACGCAUUGGUCAUGGAGAUGGUUGAUCAGGGUCGUCUCCUGGACUACAUUGUGAGCUGGGGGAAUCUGACUGAGGAGAAAGUGGCCAGCUACCUACGGAACAUCCUAGAAGCUUUACAUUACCUCCACAACUGUAGGAUAGCCCAUCUGGACUUAAAGCCUGAGAACCUGUUGGUGUCCCACACCUCGUCCGGCCAGCCCGUGGUCAAACUGACUGACUUCGGGGACGCCAUCCAGCUCAACAGUGCCCACUACGUCCACCCUCUCCUGGGCAGCCCCGAGUUCGCCUCCCCCGAGCUGGUCGUGGGGGAGCCCGCCGCCCUGACCUCUGACCUCUGGAGCCUUGGGGUUGUGACCUACGUCCUCCUGAGUGGGGCAUCGCCCUUCCUGGAUGAGAGCGUGGAGGAGACGUGUCUGAACAUUUGCCGGCUAGACUUCAGCUUCCCCCACCACUACUUCCAGGGCGUCACCCAGGGGGCCCGGGAGUUCGUCUGCCUGCUGCUGAGGGCUGACCCUGCAAGGAGGCCUCCGGCUGGGCUGUGUCUGCAGGAGUCCUGGGUUCAGGGCCAGGCCAGGUUAGCAGACGACCAGGGACAGGGUAGGGUGGAGGGGGGGUGUCUGGACACAUCUCGUCUGGUGCUGUUCAUAGACAGAAGGAAGCACCAGACAGACACCAAGCCCAUCGGAGGGGUACAGAGCUUCCUACAGAGCCGGUUACAGCCACGGGCCUGAGCGAGGGUUGGAGAGAGAUUCCCAUUCCCAACCACCCUAACCCUGGCUGGAAGGAGAGAACGUCCAGUCCAGAGGAGGCUGGUGGGAGGAGCUAUAGGAAGAUGGGAUCAUUGUAAUGCCUGGAAUGGAAUCAAUUCAAUAGUA